GCACAGGAAGCCUGGGCGUCCACGGGACCCUCCGGCCGCCGUAGCCGGAGUUGCUAUGGAAACCCAGCUACCAGAGUGAUGUCGCCGCCGCGGGCCCCUCCGUCGCGGGUAUUCGUGGAACUGGUUCCCUGGGCUGAUCGUGCCCGGGAGAAGGAUGUCGUCUCCAGUGGAGAGACUCUGCCCGGUACCUGCCGGCCCCUCUCCUCCGCACAGGCCCAAAUUGCGCCCCGCGAGGUGCACGUAAGCGGUACCGCGAUGGUGUCCGCGCGCCCCGACCGGGCGCAAGCGGUAGUGCGAGUGAGCAGCACAAAGGAGGCGGCGGCCGAGGCCAAGAAGAGCGUGAGCCGGCGCCUGGACUACGUCGCGCAGAGCCUGCGGCAGCAGGGUGUGCAGGCAGAAAAUAUAAUUAUAACAAAGGAUUUUAGAAGAGUAGAAAAUGGUUAUCACAUGGAAGCAGAGGUCUGCAUUACAUUUACUGAAUUUGGAAAAAUGCAAAAUAUUUGUAACUUUCUUGUUGAAAAACUAGAUAGCUCUGUUGUCAUCACCCCACCCCAGUUCUAUCAUACUCCAGGUUCUAUUGAAAAUCUUCGACGGCAAGCCUGUCUUGUGGCUGUUGAGAAUGCGUGGCGCAAAGCUCAAGAAGUCUGUAACCUUGUUGGCCAAACCCUAGGAAAACCUUUACUAAUAAAAGAAGAAGAAACAAAAGAAUGGGAAGGCCAAAUAGAUGAUCACCAGUCAUCCAGACUCUCAGAUUCACUAACCGUACAGCAAAAAAUCAAAAGUACAACAAUACAUGCUGCUUCAAAAGUAUUUAUAACUUUUGAGGUAAAGGGGAAAGAAAAGAGAAAAAAGUAUCUCUGAAAUUCCAACCAAAAUAAGUUGUAUUUGUGCUUUUUUAUUUACUUUUGUACUUUACAUAAUGUUUCCUUCUGUCCUGAAUAAUAUAUAUAUAUACAUAUAUAUAUAUAUUGUAUACUAGAUAAAACCAUCCCUGCAAAAUCUGUUGGAUCUUGAAUAUAAUCCAAUAGAAUUCUUAUGUUCACUUUGUUUCUAUUUUCAAAAUCUUACUCUUAGAAAUACUCUUGGGAAAUAAAUAUAUUAUGUGCACACUUUUGUAUACUGGCAUUUCAUACAAGUGUAUGUGUAAUAUUUCCACUAUAGAAAAAAUAUCAACAUUUUUAUACUAAUAAAAAGAAUUCUUAAUUUC